AUGAGCGACGAAGACAGUGACUUGGACGCACUGGACGCGACACGGGCGCUGUCGCCGCCACCUCCGCCACCGCCGUCUCCGCCAGCAGUGCUGCCGUCUCGUGCCGCUUCCUCACGGCCGCGGCAAACGGGAAAGGCCAGGAUCAUCCAGUCAUCUGUGCUCGCGAGUCGCGACGCAGGAAGACCCAAAUUGCGCGGCAAAAAGACCCGUACGACCAAAAAAGAGACCAAGACCGUCUUGAUGUCAGAAAGUCCCCAUUUUCUGGAUCAAGACGACCCAAGUGCGAUGGACGACGACCCAAGUGCGACGGACGAGGGCGUGACGACCGGGGACUCGCACGCGCGACCGGCCCACAUGUUGAGCGUCGUCGAGCUUUGCAACAACAGUGACGAGGAUGCAGAGAGUGUUGGGGGUGCGAGAGAUGGCGUCAGUGACAGUCCCACGCCCGUGCAAUCGGGCGAAGAUGAUGGGAACGAGAGUGGAGAGACGGUCGACGAUGACUGGGCCGACCACAAUCGAUGGUACUGCAACAUUUGCAAAGACGGGGGCGAACUGCUCUGCUGCGAUCGCUGUCCUCGAGCUUUUCACAUGAGCUGUUUGGGUAUGAACGAGGAGAUGAUCCCGGACAGAGAGUGGUAUUGCAAGAUGUGCGCUGAGUGCUUGGACCGACGUCGUCUGAAACAAGAGUCGAAAGAAAAGGCACGCGUGAUGCGUGAAACUGAAAAAUUGGAACGCGAUGCCCGUCGACGGAAGGCGGAACAGAUGAAGGAGGAGAUGCUGGCAAAGAAGUCGGUUGAGGCGAUUGAGCAUAAAGCCAAACGUGUGUUGGAAAUGCAGGACCGGAUCCUCAGCCGCAAGAAGAUCAAGUACAAGGACAAGGAAGAAGAGAAACUUGGCAAGAUGGCAGAAGAACUGGCUCAAACUGUGAGGUCAGCUAAAGAAAAGCUGGAGAAGCUGGAAAAGGAGGAUGCGGUUCUGAAACGUAAAGAAGAAGCUCUCAAGAAGAAAAAGCGCGGCAUAGACGAUGUUCCGCCCGAGGUUGUCGACGACACCUCGCGUCCCGACAGACCACCGCCAGUGCCAUGUACUUUUGGCAGCAUUCCGAAAAAGUUCGUUGGCAAAAUGCUUGCUGUGUGGGAUUGCAUUUAUGCGUUCCGCGAUAUCCUUGAGCUUUCGGAGAUCACGGUCGACCAGUUUAGCCAUGCGCUCAAUUACCCGAAGAUCUCACCGAUGCUGACUGAGAUCCACAUGUGUUUGCUGGAGAAGAUCUUGGAGGACAGAGAGGACGAGGACUACCUGUCCGACGACGACGGCUCGAUGGAUGAUAGCGAGCGAUACCGCUACGAGAUCCAGCACGCGCCGUUAACUGUAGGCGUACCAACACGCUCGAUGCUCACCUCGCUCACUUGGCCGGCCAUUUUGUGCAGCUUAAUCGAUGCGGUGCCUCGUUACACCGCACACUCAACGCCGUCGUUUUUAGCCGCAUUCAAGGCACUGCAAGAUUCAGACUACCCGGCGCUGCAAGUGCAGCACAAACUGGCUUUGCUGCAAUUUCUUGUCGGACGUCUAGUUAGCACAGAUAAAGCUCGCCACAUGCUCGGUAAGCACCUCAACGAUACUCUACAACAAUCGAAGGAGUACAAUCGCGCAGUCAUGCUUGACCGAAAGCUCGCACUGGAGGACGAAAAGAAACUCCGAGAGAAGCAACGAAUCGAGCUUGCUGAUAUUGUCGAGUCAGGCAAGACGUCGAUGAAAUCGUGGUUGGGAAGUGACAAAAAGGCUCGAGACAAUGGAUAUGCAGCUUCGGUCGAUAGUGCUGAAGAUGUCAAAAGCGAUUUCGAGGGAGACACUGGUUCGGCCAGCGACUCUGACUUGGGCGAGCUCGCGUACAAUGAAGAGGCCCUUUUACAAAACGAAGAAGAGCUUGAAAAGCUCCAGAAACAGGAGUUCAUCUCGCGGCACGAAUACGUCGCACGGAAGAAGAAACUAGAUAGACAACGUGAACGGCUGCGACAGAAGGCGGAGGCAAAAGCGCGCAAGAACAAAAUACAGGAGCAACUAGAGCGGAAGCGGGUAGUGGCAAAGAAGAGUUUAACGGAUGGUUUGACGUCGAAGAACGCGGCUCUACUUCGAAGCGCUAUCGAAAAAGGCAAGGAGUGCGGCCUCCCGGAGCGCCAGAUCGUGUCGGCCACACACGUGCUCGAAAUCCUGGAUGCCGAAGCCGUUCGCGAAGAAGAAGCUCUGACGAAAAAGCGCAAGCUCAAUGCGUUGCUGCGCCAGUCCUUUGUCCGGUCAGAGCCGAUUGGGCGGGACAGAGACCAGCUACGUUAUUGGGUCCUUCAAGGCGAUCUGCAACGGCUAUACGUUGAGAGGCCGGGUCCACCGGAUAAGAUAAAGCGCAAAUAUGAGUCGCUGGCUAGAAGUGGGUCCCCGAGAGACGGUUUGGUUCCCGAAGACGAUGACAACAAUGCAACGUGGUACUAUUACUCUUCCCGCACGGAGUUGAACUCGCUAAUGGAAGCUCUUGACGCACGCAUCCUUCGUGAGGCUCACCUUCGCUCAGCUUUGGCUGACUACACAAGAGAGAGCAAAUUGCCUGAUGUAAAGCCUGGGCUAUUGCUUGCUGAUCUAGCCAACGAGGCGACAGCCAAGAAGCGCGCCCAGCGUUCAAUAGAAGCAGGAACGAAUGAAGCAACUGAUUUCCUCGAGUGGAGAAACGACAAGCACCCGACGCGAAAGACAACUCAGCACCCAGAUCCGUGUAUUGAGUCCUUCCGCGAAGAUCUACUGAAGGGUCAAGACUGGAUUUGUAAGUGUCUUCGUACUCUAGGCUCAACUUGGCCAGAUCGCCCCGAAAAAGGCGGAGUAGCGUGGCGGACGUCCGUGCAGGCUAUUGACAGAAUUGAUGGCAUUGCUUGUGCUCUGCUUACACUAGAAAGUGAGGUGAUGUCCGUUCAGAACAAGCCGAAGCAAAGAUCCGGUGUCUCGGCGCCAAAUGUUGCUGGGGUGGACCCGGAUAAUGCUGCCAGCAUUUCCAACGAGGAGGACGACAAAAACGAGGAGAGGAGUGACUACGAGGAUGAUGACGAAGAGGAGGAAGUGAUGGAUGCUUUGAUGGAUGAUGGCACUAUGCUGUGGCCGUCUAAGUAUUGCCGCGAGCGCUGGAUUCUGUGCGUUAAGCGUGGAAACACAGUUGCUGUUAUGGCCACUGCUCUGGCCUCAUUGAUGCAUCGCUUGGAGACGCUUGGCUUCUUGAACGCAUCAAACGAAGAUGCUGCGAAAACACGUGCGAAGCGAGAUAGCGAGCAGUUGUCUCGCAAGGAGCGUGCAGCAAAGAGAAAGAAGCAGGUCGAGGAGGAGGUGGACGACGAAGACAGUCACGUGCGCGAGUCUGUGGAUGAAUGGGAAGAGGAUUGCUACAUUUGCAGUGAAGGUGGUGAAUUAGUGUGCUGCGAUGGUUGCCCCCACGUGUUUCAUUACUCGUGCAUCGGGCUUCGCCGUAUCCCUCGCGGAAAGAUCUUCUGUCACGAAUGCGACACGUCAGUCAAGCCGGUGGUCCCUGCGAAGAAGAGCGAAAAAACCUUCAUGAAGCGGCCUAGACAGUCGCCGUCACCAUCACCACGUCGCCGGUCUCGAAAGCAGACCAAGUAUGGUAGGAGCGACUCGGAGUCGGACGAAAGUGACGCCGAGUUCGACUCUGCUGUUUCUACAACUUCUGCUUGUCCUGCGUCCAGCAAGUCAUCGCCAAUGCGGCAUGGCCAUGUCGGGCCAAAGACCUCGGAAGAUCAGUGGGAUGUUGAUUGCAGUGUCUGCGGCCUGGGAGGUGAGCUGCUCUGCUGCGAUGGUUGCCCUCGAGCCUUCCAUGUGAAUUGUAUCGGCCUGGCCGAAAUUCCCGAGACGGAGUGGUUCUGCAACGAGUGCAACCUGCAAACAUGCGGAGCUUGUAAAGAGAACAGGAUUCGGCUGGACUCGCAUGUCAUUUGUGGGUCCGAGGACGGUUCAAAAGGCUGCGACCGUGUUUUCCACCUGAAUUGCGCGGGGCUCGACGAUGUUCCGGCGGAUGACUGGUACUGUAUGAAGUGUCUCGAGAAGCUGAGUCUCUAA